AUGGAACAGAGCACACUGAUCAGACGUGGACUCGGUCUUCGUGGUGUAGACCCACACAAAGUCUCGCCAGGCUACACUCUUCUCGCGCACCUCACUAGUCCGGGUACUGUGAAGUUGAUCGACAACCAUGGGCAAGAGGUACAUCGAUGGGACCUCCCAUAUCGCCCUGGCCGACAUGCACAGAUCCUCAGGAACGGCAACCUCGCAUAUAAUGGCGUCCAUCCUGAUGCGCCGCGGUUAUUCCCACUCUGGCAGAAGUAUCGAGGCGGCGUUAUGAUGGAGGUAGACCCCCAAGGCAAAACCGUAUCGGAGCACCGAGAUCCGCUUGCGCAUCACGACCAACAUCAUCUGGAUAACGGCGAGUUGCUCUAUACGACUGUAGAAGGGUUAGAGUAUCAUAAGGGUGGGGCGGUGCUCGGCGGCAUUCCAAACAGCGAGGCUCCAGAUGGAAAGGUCUAUGCGGACUGCAUCAAGCACGUGUCGCCAUCGGGAGAGUUACUAUGGUCUUGGAAAGCGAUCGAACACCUUGACCCGAAGAAGUUCGCUUUGCAGCCGCACUACCCUCGCGAACACUGGCCACUGAUUAACUCCGUGUACCCUUUGAAAGAUGGCAAUAUUCUCGCAUCCCUUCGGAGUGUAUCUGCAGUCAUCAUCAUUUCCCGCGAAACAGGUGAGGUCAUCUGGCAUCUCGAUUCAACUGUGGUGGCGCAACAGCAUUGCGCAAGCGAGUUGGAAGACGGCAGCAUUCUGAUAUUCGACAACGGUACCUUCCGUCACCACGAAAGCGCAACAUAUUCCAGGGUCAUCCAGGUUUCUCGAGAGGACAAGUCGAUUGUUUGGGAGUACAAGGACCCGCAUCCGAUGACGUUCUUCACACCAUUUAUGGGUGGUGCGCAAAGAUUACCAGGUGGCAAUACCCUUGUUACCGAAGCGGCAUUUGGUAGGAUUUUCGAGGUGACGCAGAAUGGCGCACUUGUCUGGGAAUACAUAAACCCAGAUUUUGCAGACUACAGUGGCUUGGAUGCCAAAGAAAUUGAGGGGUACUUUCCGUAUCCGGCAAACGCGUUGUUCCGAGCGUACAAGUAUACCCCAGAACAGAUCCCUUGGCUCCAUCCCAACUGA